AUGGGCGCUCGCUCACUGACCACGGUUGAGUCUCAUCGUGCUUUCGAGGGUGAAGUCCGCCGCUACCGUCAUCGCUCCGACACCCUGGACUGUGACAUGGGCUUUGCCUGCUUCCUACCUCCACAAGCCCUUGCUGGGCAGAAAGUCCCGGUCCUGUAUUGGCUUUCAGGCCUAACAUGCGACGACACCAACUUUAUCACCAAGGCGGGUGCUCAGCGCAAGCUAGCCGAGCGCGGCAUCAUGGUCGUGUGCCCCGAUACCAGCCCCCGUGGCUGCAACCUGCCUGGUGAGGAUGAUAGCUACGACUUUGGCUCAGGAGCUGGCUUUUACCUGACGGCAACGACCGAGCACUACCGGGACCACUACAAAAUGGACACUUACGUCACUCAGGAGCUGCCUCAGCUAGUCGCUGAGAUUCAGCCCCACAACACAAACCAAGUUGGUAUUUUGGGCCACUCGAUGGGUGGGCUGGGUGCCUUGAACCUGUUCCUGAAAAACCGCAAUCAGUACCACAGCGUCUCUGCAUUUGCACCAAUCUGCAACCCCACCAACUGCCCUUGGGGCCGACGUGCCUUUGAAGGCUACUUGGGUCCCGACGAAGCUGCUUGGGAGGCCUACGAUCCGGUUUGCUUGCUCCGCCAGACCAAUUUGGAUGAUUUGCCCCCCAUUCUCGUCUCCCAGGGCACAGCGGACCCGUUUCUUGAAGAGCACCUUCAUGAUUGGGCCUUGCCCAAGCAUGCCAACAUUGACGUGCGCCGUGAACCUGGCUACGACCACAGUUAUUAUUUCAUUUCGACAUUUAUCGAUCAGCACAUUGAUCACCACUGGCGAAUUCUGCAGGCUGGCGCGGCCAACCCUUAA